AUGGAAGAGGAGUUGAACAACUAUAACUCCCAAUGGGUCGCAUUCCAUAUCCGCGACCAUCUCAAGGAUGGCGAGAUCACUGUCCAGAACACCGUUAUUGAAGGUGGUGAAUUCCAGGACCCCAACAACCGCCGCAAGUCUCUCACUGAAGAUGAGAUUGACUACAUGACCAUCGAGUCCGAGGGCGUCGGAGAGAUCUGUGCCCGUGGCCGCCGUGGCAGCGAAGGUCGCCUGGACUUGUUCCACGGCAACACCAAGAUCUGCGAGCUCCACUGGGAGAAUCGGGGAGGAGAGUACCACAACCUCGUGGAGGUGCUUGAUGAUAAUUCCAAGUAUCGCAUCGAGCAUGGGGGAUGGAGUCCACAGGCAGGUCCUCUAGGACAUGUCUUCGUGGACAUCCGUGAGAAGAAUGCGAAGAAGUAG